AUGUUAAUACCUAGCCCUCUUGCCCACUAUAUCAUUCCAUUGCUGGGCACAGUUCCCAAGGCGCAACCCCCAGGACGAUACAAGCCUGUCAUCAGAGCAGGUCGCACCCUCGAGUUUAGCCAGAAAUUUCAACGGUCGAAUCCGCUCGGCACUUGCCAUGAUCAAUUCAACCAGUUCAAGCAAUUAGCUAUCGAAAAGUCCCUGAACAAGCUGCAAAAGUUCGGCUGGGAUGUCAACCUGGAUCAGUACCACGAGCUCGUCAAUAACCUAUGUCUCAGCGUCACGGAACAACAAACCCUAUAA